AUGACACAAGCCAACCUCCUCUCUCCACCCGCACAAAUACCACCGCCAACCGCCCUUGCGCUCUCCCAAAAGGCUCCCCUCGUCCUCUCCACAACACCAACGUCGAACCUCCCAUGGCCCCUCUCUCUCCUCUUCUCCCGUGAGACACCCGAAACAUGGACCAUCCACGAGAACCUCUUCCUCUCUACACUCCGCACUGGCGACGAGAAUGCCGCUCUAUCCAUUUUGCAGCGGCUGGAAGCCCGAUUCGGCGAUCACAACGAGCGCAUCAUCACACUGCGCGGCAUCUACAACGAGGCGACGUCCAAGUCGGACGCGGAUCUAGAAAAAGUGUUCGAGGCGUAUGAGAAGAUACUUAGGGACGACCCCACCAACAUGAGCAUCAGGAAGAGGAGGGUGGCUGUGCUCAAGGCGCUGGGGAGGACAGGCGAUGCGAUUACAGCGGUGACGGUGCUCUUGCAGAACAGUCCAACGGAUGCCGAGGCAUGGGCUGAGGCGAGUGAGCUGUAUGCGAGUCAAGCAGCUUGGGGGCAGGCCAUAUACUGCGCAGAAGAGGUUUUGCUCAUCACGCCGAACGCAUGGAGUGCACACGCACACAUCGCGACACUAUACUACCUCUCCACAGCCUCCAAUAACCCACCCAACCUCAGUUCUCUAGCCCUCUCACUAAAGCACUUCUGCCGCUCCGUCGAGCUCAACGACGGCUACCUACGUGGCUACUACGGCCUCAAGCUCCUCACUUCAAAGCUCAAUGACACCCUCUCCGAUUCAGCACCCAAGCGCAACACACAAGAAGAAGACGACAUCCCCAUGCCCAAUGCCCAAACCGUAAAGAAGCUAGAAGAGAUUGCUACGAACAAGCUCGCGGAGAUUAUAAGACUAUACAAGUCGGGAAAGAAGGGCUGGCAAGGCUAUGACGAGGCGGAGAUUAUCGCUGCGCGGGAGCUGCUGGACAGAGACGGCAAGACUGAGCGGUAA